UCUGCUAGGAAUGCAUAUCAGUUGUUGGACCAGCACUAUCCACAGCAAGCACAGCUUUUGUACCAGAGCUUGGACCCGUCAAAGCAGCGUUCAUUGUCGGGUGUGAUGUCAGCAGCUUCAUCAUCGCAAUCUAUCAACAGCGAGCGUGAUUCACUACAUAUGAGCCAAAGGCCGGGCGCGUAUGGAAUGAAUCGGCCUAAAACUACAAACUUCUUUGCUGGUCGCUCGGCUUCGGAGAUAGAUGCGAAUGCAGUUCGACGAGCAGCUGCGUUCACGCCAGCAAAGAGUAAGCUCACAGGAUCAGUUGCUGCAAGAAACAGUCCAGUUCGUCCAUCAGUUGUCCGAUCUGGCGUUCCUCCUUCCCGUCAGACUCCGUUAAGAGCGAGCAACUCUGUGAAUCCGCCUGCUAGUGUAUCUCAACCUGGAUCAAGAAGCACGUCACCCUCACGAACGGCUUCCAAUCGUCGUGUUGGGGCAACACCAUCUGCAACAACAUCGAGCAGAGUAGGUAGCACGAUAAGUCGUCCACGUCAAAUUGGAACUAGGGAAGCAAGUCCCCGACGAUGUGAGUCAGAAUUAGUCUAA